UUGAUUGAUCCGCGUCCAUUCCCUCUUCAGGUAAUUUUAACUUUCCGUUUGGUACAGACCACUCACACAUGCUUUCCCUGACAUGUGCUUAAGUCAGACACACUGAAAACUUCCACGUAACACCAGGGACUUGAAGUUCCCCACACAGAAGAGCUUGAACUUUCUCCAGAGCAUCUCAAAAGAGCAGUGAGGACCGGGGGCUCCGGGCCCCGCUCUUCGCGGCGGGACACACGGCGGGCCGCCCUCCGCAGCCGGAGGAAGGGGCGAGGCGUCGCGGGAACUCCCGCGUGACGCCACCGGGCGGUGGGCGGGGCAGGCCCAGCCGCCUCGACUCCCGGCCGGCGGCGCUAGCGCCCUCCCCCACCCGCAGAAAGGGCGGGCUGCCCCGAGGGGCCGGCUUUCCUGCCCCGGGCUUGGCAGAUUAGUGAGGGAUAGAGGAGUAAAGGGCAGCCGUCUCUUCACCGCCCGGAGCGUGCCCGCUUCACUUCUGGGGCUCGCGCGGAUCACGAGGCAAUCUUCGGAGCUGUGGUAAGAGGACCCUUCUUCCUUCGACGCGGGGCGCUGGGUCUGCCGCUACUUCCGGUCUGAAGCUGCGGGCUGAGAGAAGGCGUUUAGCCUGCGGGGCCACUGUGGCCAGACGGCUCUGGGGCUGUCUGAGGAAGGAGGCUGGGGCCGGGCUGAACGCGGCUGGAAGCGGACCGAACGGAGGACAACCUCGCCUCAGUGAUACGCUGUCCCGCGCUGAGGACUGGCCUCCUAGCGUCGGGCCCGCCCCGCGCAUGCGCUGAGUCAGCCCUGCGCUGUGGGGGCGCCGCGCGCGCGGUUCCCUGUGGAUUGUUUAGAUGAGCGCGGUCCGCGAAGCCUGCGCGAGGUGUGGAGAGGCGGAUGGCUGAGGGUCCUAGGGUGGGAGCCUGCGGACCUCUGCUUUGCACGUAUUUCAACUGUCCAAAUACAACUUCAUACCUAUACAAUGUAACAGAAAAGAUCAGAAAACAUUAGGCAAAUAGGAGUGUGGAGCAUAUUAAGCAAGAUGAACAUCUCUGGAAGCAGUUGUGGAAGCCCUAGUUCUGCAGAUGUAUGUAAUGACUUUAAGGAACUUUGGACAAAAUUAAAGGAGUAUCAUGAUAAAGAAGUACAAGGUUUACAAGUAAAAGUAACCAAACUGAAAAAGGAGCGAAUUCUAGAUGCACAGAGACUAGAAGAAUUCUUCACCAAAAAUCAACAGCUGAGAGAGCAACAGAAAGUCCUUCAUGAAACCAUCAAAGUUUUAGAAGAUCGAUUAAGAGCAGGAUUAUGUGAUCGCUGUGCAGUAACUGAAGAACAUAUGCGGAAAAAACAGCAAGAGUUUGAAAAUAUCCGGCAGCAGAAUCUUAAACUCAUCACAGAGCUUAUGAAUGAAAAGAAUACUCUACAGGAAGAAAAUAAAAAGCUUUCUGAACAGCUGCAGCAGAAAAUUGAGAAUGAUCAACAACAUCAAGCAGCUGAUCUUGAAUCUGAUGAGAAUGUUAUUCCAGAUUCACCAAUUACAGCCUUUUCAUUUUCUGGCGUCAGCCGACUACGAAGAAAGGAGAACCUCCAUGUCCGAUACUUGGAACAAGCACAUGCUAAACCAGACCACUCCAUGUGUACAGAUGAAUUGAAAAAAGUUCCAAAGUCUUCAACUCAUCCACAGCAUAAACCUAAUGAAAAUGAAAUUCUAGUGGCUGACACUUGUGAUCAGAGUGAAUCUCCUAUGCCUAAAACACAUGGAACGAACAGUUAUCCCACUGAUAAGUCACCUUUUAAUUUAGUUACAGUUGUUGCUGAAACAAUUGGACUUAGUGUUCAAGAAGAAGCUAAAUCUCAAGGUCUUGUGAGCCCUCUUUGUGAUGAGCUCUACCACUGUCUAGAAGGAGAUUACAAGAAACCACCUUUCGAAGAAUCUAGAAGAAAUAGUGAAGACAGUUUAAGGUUUUCAGAUUCUGAAUCAAAGACUCCUCCUCGAGAAGAAUUGACGACUCGGGUAUCAUCCCCUGUAUUUGGAGCUACCUCUAAUGUGAAAAGUAGUAUAGCUCUGAGUACAAGUUUGUCUCCUUCUCUUUUAGAGACUGAGAAAAAAAACCAUCUGAAAACACUGCCUUUCAACAACACAUCUAAUUCUAGAUCAGAGAAAACUAGAUCAAAAUCUGAAGAUAGUGCUCUUUUCACACAUCACAAUCUUGGGUCUGAAGUGAACAAGAUCAUUAGUCAGUCAUCUUCUAACAAGCAGAUGCUUAAAAAUAAAAAUGUAAGUGAAUCCAUAAGUGAACAGGAUAGUGUGGAUCACAUUAAAGAUGCUAUUACUGAUAGAGAGAGCCAUGUGGUAGCCCUGAAACCAUUGGGAGGCAGACCGUCCAAAAGGAAAAUUGAGGAGGAAAGUGAAGAUGAAGUAAACUAUCCACAAGCCUCUUUUGAUAAAGAAAAUGCUUUUCCUUUUCUGCUGGAUAAUCUUUCUUCCAUGAAUGGAGACCAUGUGAUGGAUAAACCUCUGGAUCUGUCUGAUCGAUUUUCAGCUGUUCAGCGUCAAGAGAAAAGCCAAGGAAGUGAGACCUCUAAAAUCAGAUUUAGGCAGGUGACUCUCACGGAGGCGUUGAAGCCCAUUCCAAAGGGCCCCUCUUCAAGCCGUAAGACCCUGAGUGGGAGCUGUGUGCUAACCAGAGAUUCCCCAGAGAAGCCCUGUUUACAGGAGUACAUCCUCCAGUCCUUGAGUAAAUCCUCUCCAGACAAUAAAACACCAUUACAAAUAAAGGAAGAAAAUCCUAUCUUUAAAAUUCCUCUACAUCCACAUGAAAGUUUGGAGACAGAGAGUCAUUUCGAGGACUUGAAGGGCACUGGUUCUCAUGAGCCAGUAAAAAUAACCAGGUCAGUCCGUGGAGCAUGUGAACUUGCAUCAGUUGUUCAGUUAAAUCCAUGUAGAAUUGCUAAAACAAAGUCUCAACAAAACAACCAAAAUGUAUCCUUUGAAAAUAUCCAGUGGAGUAUAGAUCCAGGAGCAGACCUUUCUCAGUAUAAAAUGGACAUUACAGUAAUAGAUACAAAGGAUGGCAGUCAGUCAAGAUUAGCAGGAGGAGAGACAGUGGACAUGGACUGUACGUUGGUUAGUGAAACUGUGCUUUUAAAAAUGAAGAAGCAAGAGCAGAAGGGAGAAAAAAGUCCACAUGGAGAAAGAAAAUUGAAUGACAGCUUGGAAGAUAUGUUUGAUCGGACAACACAUGAAGAAUAUGAAUCCUGUUUGGCAGAUGGUUUCUUCCAAGUAGCAGAAGAAGAGGAAUUGUCAGCUACCACAAAGACACCAAACACUCGUGGUGAUAAGCAAGAUAAAGUAAAACAGAAAGCAUUUGUGGAACCGUAUUUUAAAGAUGAUGAAAGAGAGACUAGCUUACAAAAUUUUCCUCAUAUUGAGGUAGUUCGGAAAAAAGAAGACAGACGAAAAUUGCUUGGACACACAUGUAAAGAAUGUGAAAUUGUAAGUACUUGUGUAAAUACUGUACAGUUGGGUUUUUUUUUUAAUGUGGCUUUAUAGAUCAUAAAUGCAAAA